GCUGCGUUACCACGUCAGUGAAGUUUACAGGGAAGACUGGAGCCGGCUUCUGGCCGGGCCUGUGCUGUGGACGUGCCCCUUGUCACUGGCUUGUAGGUGCUUGUGCCCAGGGUUUGGUGACAACUUACUAUCCUGGAGCCCAUGGUGAUUUGUUCAUGUAUGCUGCCAACCAUAGCUGAAUGUGAAGCCAACGUCAGCGCCGCUGCCUAGGCCGCCAUUUUGGAUCCAGGGUCAAUCCCACUGACAGGACUGUUAAAAUGGUGGACAAGAAUAUCUAUAUCGUCCAAGGGGAAAUCGGCAUCAUUGUUGGAGCUAUAAAACGCAACGCACGAUGGAGCAUCCACACUCCUUUGGAUGAAGAGCAGGACCCCUUGUUGCACAGUUUUAGUCAGCUUAAGGACAUACUGAAUAAUAUAAAACAUCUAUCAGAAAUUGAGCCCAAUGUAUUUCUUCGUCCUUUCUUAGAGGUUAUUCGUUCGGAGGACACCACUGGCCCCAUUACAGGGCUUGCUCUGACCUCUGUGAACAAGUUUCUUUCCUAUGCAUUAAUAGAUCCAGUCCACGAUGGUACAGCUGAAGGAAUUGAGAACAUGGCAGAUGCAGUUACACACGCCCGCUUUGUUGGCACCGACCCAGCCAGCGAUGAGGUUGUGCUGAUGAAAAUCCUACAGGUUUUGCGCACCUUGCUACUCACCCCAGUAGGAGCUCAUCUGACCAAUGAGUCUGUGUGCGAGAUUAUGCAGUCCUGCUUCCGUAUAUGCUUUGAAAUGAGACUGAGCGAGUUAUUGAGAAAAUCUGCAGAGCACACUCUUGUCGACAUGGUGCAGCUGCUCUUCUCAAGGUUACCUCAGUUUAAAGAAGAAUCGAAAAGUUACAUGGGAACGAAUAUGAAAAAGAUCUCUUCAUGUCUUCUCUGCAAACUGGACACUAAUAGUGGUGAACAAUCCAAAAACGUGAACCAGUUAGAGAGGGUACUACUUUUUAAGAGUUUAAAGCUGAAAAUGAGAGCUGGUGCUAGUGACUCCUCAAAAUGGAAAAAGCAGAAGAGAUCUCCGAGACCCCCACGUCACAUGACCAAGGGCACAGAAUCUUCACACCAGCCUUUAUCAAAUGGCUCUUCCACAGGGGGUAUUCCUUUCAUAGAGCCUCCCUCUCCAGAUGCCACGUCUCCCAUCUCAGCUGGUAGUUCUGAGGUAUCGUCCUCUGUAGUCACCCCAACAGCCGACAGUGGAGUCAGCUUGUCGUCACAAGCUACAUCAAAAGAAGAUCUUUCGGAGGUGGAUAUUGCAAGUCCUGUUGCUGCUGCUCUGCAGUCCCCUGGAGAUCUGUAUCCAUCAGAACCUCAAAGCCAGGAUGAACAGAAGAAUGAAGAAAUCCUAGGAAGAAAAACACAAUCUGCCUCAGUUGAAUCCAUCCCUGAAGUUUUAGAAGACAACUCUUCAAUAGCUGACCACUCAGACUCUGCCUCUGUUCAUGAUAUGGACUAUGUCAAUCCUCGGGGGGUUCGUUUUACACAAUCUUCACAGAAAGAAGGUGCUGUCUUAGUUCCUUACGGCCUUCCUUGUAUUCGGGAAUUGUUCCGCUUUCUCAUUUCACUUACCAAUCCGCAUGACCGCCAUAAUUCUGAAGUGAUGAUACACAUGGGUUUACAACUUAUCACAGUAGCCUUGGAGUGUGCACCCAUUGCGAACUACAUUUCCCUCCUGGGGCUUGUGAAGGAUGAGCUUUGUCGUAACUUGUUUCAGCUGUUAAGCGGAGAACGUUUAAAUCUGUAUGCAGCCUCUUUGCGGGCAUGUUUCCUGCUGUUUGAAAGUAUGAGAGAGCAUCUGAAAUUUCAACUGGAGAUGUACAUAAAGAAGCUGAUGGAUAUCAUUACCAUAGAAAAUCCAAAGAUGCUGUAUGAGAUGAAAGAGAUGGCACUGGAAGCCAUAGUACAGCUCUGGAGGAUACCCAGCUUUGUAACGGAGCUCUACAUCAACUAUGACUGUGAUUACUAUUGCUCUAACCUCUUUGAAGAUCUCACCAAACUUCUCUCCAAGAAUGCGUUUCCAGUGUCUGGACAGCUGUACACCACACACUUGCUUUCCCUUGAAGCUCUGCUGACAGUUAUUGACAGCACAGAAGCACACUGUCAGGCUAAGAUUUUAAGCAACACAUUACAACAGGACAAAAAAGAAGGUGUCAAAAAUAUUGCUGAUGGCGUAGAAGUAUCUGAAGAUCCCGGGAAUAGCCCUGAAAGCCCCAUGGAAAAUUCGUCCCCAACCAUCAGCACAGAAUCACUGGGAGCACGGCCUCCAACUAGUGGUCAUCUUAUGGCUGAUAAGAUGGCUCUAGGUGUCCAGGAGCCCGAUGAUGGCAGUGAUAGAGCUGACAAGAAGACUCAGAAGAUACCAUCACGCUUUUCAUCGUGCCUUCCUACAGUACAAGAGCUGAAUGAUAUAAAGAACAAGAAAAAGCUCCUUAUCACUGGAACUGAGCAAUUUAAUCAGAAAUCGAAGAAAGGCAUACAGUUUCUUCAAGAGAAGAAUCUCCUGGCGACACCAAUGGAUAACAAGGAGGUAGCGCAGUGGCUCAGAGAGAACCCAAGACUGGACAAAAAAAUGAUUGGGGAAUUUAUAAGUGAUCGCAAAAGUCUUGAUCUACUUGAGAGCUUUGUGGGAACGUUUCAGUUCCAAGGCUUGAGACUUGAUGAAGGAUUAAGACUUUACCUUGAGGCCUUCCGUUUGCCAGGAGAAGCACCUGUCAUUCACCGGUUACUAGAGGCAUUCACAGAGCACUGGCUGAGAUCGAAUGGGACACCUUUUGCAACUAGUGACGCCUGCUUUGCAUUGGCAUAUGCAGUCAUUAUGCUUAAUACUGACCAACACAAUCACAAUGUCCGCAAGCAGAGUGUGCCAAUGACUCUAGAGGAGUUCAGGAAAAAUUUAAAAGGUGUCAAUGGUGGGAAAGAUUUUGACCAAGAUAUGCUUGAAGAUAUGUACCAUGCUAUCAAGAAUGAUGAAAUAGUAAUGCCCGAGGAGCAAACGGGUCUGGUCAAGGAAAAUUACAUGUGGAAUGUGCUACUGCAUAGAGGAGCAACACCAGAAGGCGUCUUCCUGCAUGUAACACCUGGAAGCUAUGACCAUGAUCUGUUCACUAUGACCUGGGGACCAACUAUUGCUGCCUUGUCAUAUGUGUUUGACAAGAGCAUGGAGGAGACCAUCAUUCAAAAAGCCAUAUCUGGAUUCAGGAAAUGUGCCAUGAUAUCUGCACACUAUGGGCUGAGUGAUGUUUUUGACAAUCUGAUCAUCUCUCUCUGCAAGUUUACAACUCUUAGUAGUGAGGCUGUAGAGAAUCUUCCCACUGUUUUUGGUAGCAACCCUAAGGCUCAGAUUGCUGCCAAGACUGUUUUUCACCUUGCCCAUCGGCAUGGAGAUAUUCUACGUGAGGGUUGGAAAAACAUAAUGGACUCAAUGUUGCAGUUGUUCCGGGCUGAGCUGUUGCCUAAGGCCAUGGUGGAGUCUGAAGACUUUGUUGACCCCAAUGGAAAGAUUUCCCUUCAGCGAGAGGAAAUUCCUGCCAACCGUGGGGAAUCUACAGUCUUGAGUUUUGUCAGCUGGCUGACCCUCAGUGGCACAGAGCAGUCCAGUCUGAGAGGGCCUUCUACUGAAAACCAGGAAGCAAAGAAGAUGGCCUUAGAGUGUAUUAAGCUGUGUGAUCCAGAAAAACUGAUCACUGAGAGCAAGUUCCUCCAAUUGGAGUCUCUGCAGGAGCUUAUGAAGGCGCUAAUAUCUGUGACCCCUGAUGAAGAGACAUAUGAUGAAGAAGACGCUGCCUUCUGCCUCGAAAUGCUGCUCAGAAUUGUCCUUGAAAAUAGAGACCGUGUUGGCUGUGUCUGGCAAGUAGUACGAGAUCAUCUCUACCAUCUUAGUGCUCACGCUGUGGAAUACUGUUUCCUUGUUGAGCGUGCAGUUGUGGGACUGCUGCGACUUGCAAUUCGACUGUUGCGUCGUGAGGAUAUCAGUGCACAGGUUCUCCUCUCACUCCGUAUUCUUUUAAUGAUGAAGCCAAGCGUCCUGUCCAGGGUGAGUCGACAAGUCGCUUUUGGCCUUCACGAACUGCUGAAGACCAACGCUGCCAACAUCCAUUCUAGCAAUGACUGGUACACUCUGUUCUGCUUGCUGGAGUGCAUUGGAGCAGGAGUGAAGCCGCCACCUGCUCUGCAGGUGACAACCAGAAGCGAUAAUGAUGCAGGUGCUCUGUCUGACAGUGAAGUCUCCUCUUAUCACGCCACUGAUGUUAGCUUGGAUCGUGGAUACACCUCAGAUUCAGAGGUAUACGCAGAGCACAGCAAGCAGUCCAAGAUGCACCGAUCGGUCACUGACGUGGAUGUGGUUAACAGUGGCUGGCUUGUGGUUGGAAAAGAAGAUGUAGAUUCUUCGAAAAUGACAACAGCUUUGAACAAGCCAGGAACGAACCCUCUAGUAAACCAGUACAGUUUAACGAUUGGUCUGGACUUUGGCCCACAUGAUACCAAAUCCCUCAUGAAAAGUGUGGAAUCUUUGUCUUUUAUUGUCCGUGACGCUGCACACGUCACGCCAGAGAACUUUGAGCUGUGCGUGAAGACGAUUCGGGUCUUUGUAGAGGCGAGUCUUAACGGAGGGUGUAAAUCACAAGAGAAGAGAGCUAAGAGUCACAAGUAUGAUAGCAAAGCUAAUCGCUUCAAGAAGAAAAGUAAAGAGAAGGAAAAUCUUGUGCGUCGCCCCAGAGUCUCCAAUCAACGCCAGUACCGUUCACAUAGUGAUGACGAGGAGGAUGAGACCGUGCCUGCCAGUUACCACACUGUGUCAUUACAGCUUCUCGAUCUGAUGCACACACUUCACACCAGGGCAGCCACAAUUUACAGUUCUUGGGCAGAGGAACAGCGCCACCUAGAGACUGCAGGAGAGAAGAUCACAGCAGACUCGAGGACGCUGUGGUCAAACUGCUGGUGUCCAUUGCUACAAGGAAUUGCAUGGCUCUGUUGUGAUGCCCGCCGCCAGGUCAGAAUGCAAGCUCUCACUUACUUGCAGAGAGCACUUUUAGUCCAUGAUCUGCAGACUUUAGAUGCACUUGAGUGGGAAGCGUGCUUUAACAAGGUGCUGUUUCCACUGUUAACAAAGCUUUUAGAGAAUAUUAGCCCCGCAGAUGUAGGCGGCAUGGAGGAGACAAGAAUGAGAGCUUCCACCUUGCUUUCUAAAGUCUUCCUGCAGCAUUUGUCUCCUUUGCUGUCUCUUUCUACAUUUGCAGCACUGUGGUUAACAAUAUUAGAAUUUAUGGACAAGUAUAUGCACGCUGGCUCAAGUGACUUAUUGCUGGAGGCCAUACCUGAAUCCUUGAAGAAUAUGCUGCUAGUAAUGGACACGGCUGGAAUUUUUCACAGCGCGGAUUCUCGAACUGGAUAUUCAGAUCUGUGGGAGAUCACAUGGGAGAGGAUAGACUGCUUCCUACCUCGGCUACGAGAAGAGCUUUUCAAACAGACAGUAAUACAAGAUCCACCCCAUCUAGCUGCAACUGAACCGCAUCCUCAGAAAACUCUAACAGCACCCACUAUAGUUCCUGCUGCCUCCGAGUCCAAACCUGUAACCCAGACAGUGCAGCCCGAGAGGCUAACAGAGCAAGCGCAUACUGAUUCAGACACUUCAAGCCCAGCACUAUCUACAGUACCGGCACCCAGUCCUUCCUGUACUGCAAUGAGGAUGAGCCCUGUGACAGAUGUACCGCCCCCUAUAGCUCAGUCUACUCUCAUUUUGCACACCUUGACUUCCCCAUUGCAGAUGGGCGUUCCACAAAUGUCGCUGCCAAUCAUCCUUAAUCCUGCUUUAAUAGAAGCUACCUCCCCUGUUCCCCUCCUGUCCACUCCUCGGCCCGCUGAAACCUCCCCAGUCUCAGAAGUCAACUGAUCCCCGCAGUGAUAAACUAUGCUUGAUUUACACGUGGACUUGCGGUGGCACUGGCAUGGAAACCCGCUUCCAUUUUUAUUUAAGAGACCUAAUAAUUCUUCUGCAAUAUACAUUGAUAGAACACAAUCACAGAGGAUGAAAUCUAGAAUAAGCAGCCUCUCCCUAGUUCCUCCUGAUUGACUGUCUAGCCGUCGAGCAAUUCUAAUGAACUCUGUACACUGUAAAGACAUGUUAUAACGCCAAGAAAAGAAUGGCUCGAUAUCCCAUGUAAUGCGUUGCCACAUUGUAGGGAUGUAUCUGCCGAGUCCCCCAUUAUUUCAGGUGAAUGUAUGAGAGCUGCUGUUUGUGCUUAGACAUUCCUUGUAUAAAACAUGUUGAAUUUUCUUUGAAUAAAAUGUGUCCUCCUUUUGUCUAGGGGCAUGGCCCUUUGUUGCCAGUGCUCUAUCCUUCAGCGGGUUUAGACCAGGACUGGACAGAUCUUAGGGCCCCAGGUAGUUUGCUAGUGGUGCCUAACAUUUGGGGUGAUUUUCGACUUUAUGAAACAUCUUUAAAAGAAAAGAUUAGCUCCUGGCGUUUUGUCCAGCCUUGGCUUAGGACUGUCCUUUUUAGCAUGUUUAGCUUUUACAAACAUUUCUACACCACCAAAGAAUGAAGAAUGAUCUGCAAUGUUAUUACCGGAUUCAAACGUCAGCUGUUGGGGGUUGUAGUAUAGCGACUGUGUUAACCAUUAUUAGCGGACUGAGUUCACUACAAGUGGUGUACAUGCAGUAAACAUUGCGAGAGCGAUUGAUCAAAACUAGCGUGAAGGAAAACCGGCUUAGUUGCCCCAAGCAACCAAUAAGAUUCUAAAAAAUAAAAGGUGGAAACUGAUUGGUUGCUAUGGGCAACUAAGCCAGUUUACCUUUAUGUCAAUUUUGAUAAAUCUCCCCCUGCGCCAGAAAGCUGCAAUUAAAAAAAGCUCUUGGCGAACCAGUAAAUUAUUCACAAUGUUUGAAAAAAUAACUUUUUUUUAAAUGUUGUCACUGUAUUUUAAACUGUUUGUAAUAGAUGUCCCCCUAUUGCAUAAAAUUAUCCCCCCAUUUGUUUCUUUUUAGCCCAUUUUAUUGGUAGCGACCUGUGUAAUCACUUACCAAUUAUUAUGCAUCUACAAAUAGAAAAAAGUUUACAUUGCGUUCAGCUGUGUAUUGGUGUGAUAUGUCAUUUUAGAUUUUGCCAUGCCACUGGUUUUGCCAUUGUCUUGUCAUCUUCCUUGGGGAGAGUUCCUCUUAUUUGCACAAUUAAAAAAAAAAAGAAAAAGUUCCAUUUCUCUCAUUUUUGUUUUUGUUUUUUUGCUUUUUCUCCAUGUCACCUUGCUAGAUUCAAAAUGACAAAAGUUGCACGGAAUUUCCCUAUCCUUCAUGUAUUUUGUGUUCUGUGGCUGCUUAUACUGGUCUAAGGCUGACGAGCAUUGUAAUCAAUGGCUAUAGAAUGGCCAGUAAGUAAAUAUAUACAGGAACCUAAAUGAUGUAUAUAACAAAUACAGGAUGAACUUGUACUUUUUAUUAUGUAAUAAAGUCAUGGGAU